AUUAUCGUGAUUCGGUUUGCUUUGCUUCCAUCUCUGAUAGCAUUCAUUUUUCACAACCUUUCGUCGUAUCACCUUUUUCUUCCGUCUUCUUUUGCACUCAUAGGAAGAUGUCGGGCAUGGGAGACGGGUACGUGGGCACGGCCCAAGAUUCUUUGAGGAUCCGACGUCUGGAGAAGCAGAGGGAAGCCGAACGCCGCAAAAUCCAAGAGCUUAAAACCAAGUCCGCCUCCGAUAAAGGUCAACCAGGUCUCCUCCAAUUCGGUUCAAGUACUUCCGAGAUUCUCGAGACUGCAUUUAAGAAGGAAACUGUUGGUUUGGUUACCAGAGAGCAGUAUGUGGAGAAGAGAGUUAAUAUCCGAAACAAAAUCGAAGAGGAAGAGAAGGAGAAACUCCAGAAACUUCAACAAGAGGAGGAAGAACUUCAAUUGCAAAAGCGUAAAAAGAGGAAAGUUAAGGGGAAUUCUCGCCUAUCUUUUGCGGAUGAUUUGGAAAAUGGAAGUGAAGAGGAAGAUGAAGAAAACAAAAGUUCAGAAUCAAAGAGGUUUAAUCGUGGAAAAUUUGGCAAAGAUCCCACAGUGGAAACUAGCUUUCUCCCUGACAGUGAGAGGGAGGCAGAGGAGCAAGCUGAGCGUGAAAGGUUACGGAAACAGUGGAUUAUUGAACAGGAGCAAAUUAAGAAUGAACCCCUUCAAAUUACUUACAGCUACUGGGAUGGAGCAGGCCAUAGACGAGUGAUCCAGGUCCGCAAGGGUGAUACCAUAGGAGAAUUCCUUCGAGCAGUUCAACUGCAGCUUGCUCCGGAAUUUAGGGAGAUUCGAACAACUUCGGUGGAAAAUCUGCUUUAUGUGAAAGAAGAUCUAAUCAUUCCUCAUCAACAUAGCUUCUACGAUCUGAUAGUUAAUAAGGCGAGGGGAAAAAGUGGACCGCUUUUUCAUUUUGACGUGCAUGAAGAUGUGCGAACAAUAGCUGAUGCUACAAUUGAGAAGGAUGAGUCUCAUGCUGGUAAAGUAGUCGAAAGGCACUGGUAUGAGAAGAACAAGCACAUCUUCCCUGCUUCAAGAUGGGAGGUACGUACUCAUUAUAUCUCUGUAUAUCUCUCUAUGUGCUUGCUUCCGCGUAUCCUCCUUGCCCUUGGCUUGCUUAUAAUGCAACAAAGAACAUAAACUAUUUAGCCAAAU